AUGAACGUGAUGAGGAGGAUACUCUUUGCCCUGCUGGCAGUAAGCAGCACAGUGGCCCAUUGCAGGGAAGUGAAGGACAAACUAUUUAAAGCCAUAAAAAAAAACACGGCAUUUUUAGUACUCAACGAACCCAUUGUGGAUCUAGGGUUCAGUGAAGGGUUACUCCACACCCUACUGUUCGACUUGGAGAUCGGAGACAACCUUUACACCCUGGACGAAAAUCUUUUGAAUCAAAAAAAUUUGAAGCAUACCAGUGUUUUUCACCUGUUAAAGGAUGUAUAUAAGCAGGUGGAGGGCAACCAGAAGGGGGAGGUCAACCAGAAGGGGGAGAGCAGCCAGAAGGGGGGAGACGCCAUUAGAGUGCACCCUCUAAACCUGGAGCCUCUUCUGAGGAAGUUUAACAAAUAUAUUUACAACGGGCAGAGUCACGAAAAGGGGGACAUAGACGUGGGGGGGAUUCUCAGGGAGUACAAUGAGGAGGUGCAGGGGAAGCGGGCCGCGCGGGGCAGCAUGAGCAGUGGGAGUGGGAGUGGGAGCGGCGGCGCGGGUGACAGCUCGGGUGGGGAACGUCCCGCCAAGGGGAUCCCCGCCAAGGACCUCGUCGAGCGCAUGCUGCAGGACGAACUGGACUUCCUUUCGAGUGACGACAAGGAAGGGAGUGACAAGUUUGUGAAGCCAGGGGACACGUACAAGGGGCUCUUCGUUGGCUACGGAUUUGGUGACCAAGUCCCCCCCGGAGGAAGUGGGACCCCCGAAGAAAGUGGGACCCCCUUCCCCUCCCUAAAUAGCGGCAUCAUAAUGGACAUCACUCUGUUAAGGCGCCUUUACAUCCAUUUGGUGGAAAAUUCCCCCUCCGAGAAUUUAAAGCUAAUAAAAGACAACGUACGUGAGCUCUCCAACUACAUUGGGAAAUACCUGCAGGUGAAGCUAACCCCAUUUGAAAAUGCUUGUCUCACCGAUAGGGACAACGUCUUCCUUGUUGAGAACGAAGGGGGAACCAACUACGACGUGUAUAGGUAUUACCUCGUGCUGCAUUUAUUUAGGGAUUACAAAAAGGAUAAUAAUGUCUACAAGGAGGAUCAUACAGGGGGGACGAAGAGUGGGAUGGUGAUGACCCCCACUGAUGAAGAACGACCAACGGAUGUAGAACUGGCACAACUAAUCAUUACCUACUUCAACCUUGCUUAUCCUAUAUCUACAUGCGCAAGUUAUUCUACUCGUUCCAAUCAGGAGACAUACGUAGACUACGAUAAUUACCACCUCAUGAGCAUCGAAAAUGAAAUUAAGUUAGAGAAGUAUAUCAAAGAAACAGAAGACGUCCAAUACAACUCUAUCGAUGAAUAUAAAAGGAAGUUAAGUCAGAUUAAUCAAAAAUAUGAUACCCUUUUUGAUCAAAGUCAACGUAAUUGGACUCACAAAAAUAUUCUUCUUGCGAUUGUAACGAGUGCAGAAACGGAACAUCGAAUAGCUUACGUGAAGAAUACCUAUGAUAAUAAGAAAAACACAGAGAGGGUGUUCAAUAUGUAUCAGGGCCACGGGGGGGGAGAGGAAAACUUGAAGGACUCACCUGGAGGGGCAAAAGAGAGGGACCAACAUGGAGGGGCAAAAGAGAGGGACCAACCUGGAGGAACCAAAGCGAAGGACCAACCUGGAGGAACCAAAGCGAAGGACCAACCUGGAGGAACCAAAGCGAAGGACCAACCUGAAGGAACCAACGCGAAGGGCCAACCAAGCUCAAAAGAAAACAUCCUCAAUCACGACUUCCUCAAAAGCGCCUUCGAAAAUGAGAACGUAGAAUUCGAAAUAAUUUACUUCUCCGACAAGGAAAGUAAAGAGUAUGAUGAGACUCUCCACCUGGAGGAGGAAGGAGACAAAAAAGUGGACUCUCCAAAUUAUGAGGAAUUAUUGGGAAAGAAGGAAAAAAAUUUAAUUUAUUACCUUUAUGAAGAAUACGUUAGGAAGAACUCUACAAUAGAUUUUUUUUUCAUUUCUCAUGAUGAUACCUUUGUUAAUGUGAAGACUUUAAUCGAUGUGAUAAACCUAACUCGUAACGAAUGCACUCACUCGAGGAGACACAUGUUUAGGAAAUACGUCAAAUCAUUUGACCACAUGGAUGAUAGGGAAGCUAUUUUUUUGAAAAACUUUGGCAACAAAUAUUUACACCUCUACAGGUACUUGAAAACGAACUUUGUCAAAACGAUUAACGCGUUGAAGGGAUACGAUUACGUGCCGUCUUACUGCAAAGGCGCGGGGGGAGGAAAAGCUGCGUUUGGCGGGGCCCCUCUCACUAGUGUGCCACUUUACAUCGGGAAGAGAUUCUCGCGCAACUCCUUCGCAGGGGAUGAAAGCAGCUUCUUCCACUACUUGGCGGGUGCUGCAGGGAUGGUGCUCAACGGGGAGGCUGUGAAAAAGAUCUACUUCUGCAAGGGGGCCUGCGAUGUGGACGCUUCCCCCGGGGCCGCUUCCUCUGGGGCCACUUCCCCUGGCGAGUGCGGCGCGCGCCUGCUGAACGACGCCGCUCUUGGACAAUGGGCCAAGGGGUUGGGCAUCCUACCCAUCAACUUCGAAGGCUUCUUCCCCAAUGGCCCCGAAGAAUACCCCGAAGAUUACCUAAGCACGAUCACGCCCGUAUCUUUUCAUAAUCUGAAUGAAGGGAGGACCGUUGAAGAAACGAAGGAGGCAUUCUUUCACCAUCUAGUUAGUCCUAGCGAACGAAAGAACAAAACGAACCACGUGGAGGCAGACAUAUAUGUGGAUUACCUCGAUAGGAAUUACAAAAAUACAAUCGAUAAUAUUUUUCACUUUUUCUUCUAUGUUAAUAAGGUCAAAGAGAGUUGUACGUCCGAUGAGUCUAUAACCAAAACGACGGAACGGAUUUACAACAAAAUGGGGUCUAGCAAAAAAUUUAAUCACCUCUUUGACAUGACUACCUUCUUUACGAGGGACGUCGAAGAUAUGCUUUACUUCCAGAACAGGUCAGCUACCAAGGGGAGCCUUAACAAGGGAGAGGGUAGCAAGGGGGAGGGAAGCACGGGAGAGGGUGGCAAGGAAAAGGGAAGCAAGGAACAGAGAAGCAAGGAACAGGGAAGCAAGGGAACGUAUACCAACAAUUACGUGCAGCGGAAGGAUGUACCAGUUGGGGGAGAUGAGUCAGAUGGGCACCGCCACCCUGGAAGGGAAGACUUCGGCAACCUUGGGGAAGCGGACUACUUGGGAGAAGCGGACUACUUGGGAGAUGCGGACGACUUCGGGGAGGAGGACCACCUGGGCGGCAUGGAGGGCUUGGGGUCGCUGGACGAUCUGGACGAAGAGGAGCAGUUCGAUGAUGAUGAUUACGACUAUGAAAAAUAUUUGGAUGGGAUACAGGCGCAUAAAAAGGGCACCGGGCGCGGCCGUAUGGAUGACCCGACGGAUGCCCCCGAGUGGGGUGGCGACGAUCAAGGCGAUCAAGGCGAUCAAGGCGAUCACGGCGAUCAAGGCGAUCAAGGCGAUCACGGCGAUCAAGGCGAUCACGGCGACCAUGACGAUCACGACAACCAUGACGACAACGGCGACGAUUUGAAUCUGCCCCCUGAAGGAGGCGAAUUAUAG